AUGAGCUCGGGCUUGGGAUCCAGGACUGAGCUCGGCGAGCAGGUCAACCGCAGCGUGGGCGAGCUCGCCAGGCGGCAGGAGCGGCUCAUUCCGCAGGCGCGGCGCGCCGCGGGCGAGGCCCUGCGCACGUGCGGCCGGCUCGCGGACGACAGCCUGGCGGCGAGCGAGGCCACCCAGCAGAAGCUGCGUGACCUGGGCGACGGCGUCGAGGAGCGCUGGGGCGCCCAGGAGCGCUGGGUGCAGCGGCGCCUGGAGGAGCACUGCAGCAGACUGACCAGUGCGAGCUGCUGGUCGAGCGGCGCCUGGAGGAGCUCCGGCCAAAGCCAGAGCCGGACAUGCCGCGCCGACCACGACGGCGACAGGCGGCGCCGACCGGGCGGCGACCGGCCGACCGGCCGCGGCAGGUCGGCAGGCUAG